UUAUUCUAUUUCAGAUCGACAUUUCUGUCUGUACUGACAUGAAAAUCGUCAAUUCAGCUGAAAGAGAUCAUAACGUAAUUUGAUGGGAUUAAUAUAAUUAUUUGGCCGUCGAUAAUUUUUGAUAAUUAUCGACGCAUUAUGCAGAUCUCUUGAUAAUUUGUUUACAAUGCAUAGCAACGGAAAAAUUGUUUAAAACUUUUGCCACAAAAUACAGGGAGACUGAUCUUGUUCUAAAAUCGAUUUAAAAUAUUUGUUUCGUGACUUGUUCCUUUAAGAUGCGGUAACGCUAAAAUAAACAUUUUGAGUUUAAUUGUGAAUUUAUAAAUGCACGGAUUUACUACAAAAAAUGGAGGAAAAUUCUCGCUUACCAUCGGAAAACCUGCACCAUCACCUCCAGCAACAAAACCAGCAGCUAAUUCCUUUCUACGAAACGCACUGCAGUUCCGCGUUUCCAUUCGAAAACAACUUUCCUCUAGGAAGUCCACCGGAAAUUCAAAAUUCCUCCGGACUCGUCAAUGUCAGUGACUGCAAAAAUUUGGACCCACCGCACCCCUACCUUCACCUGGAGCAUCAAAUUCAACACAACCAACGUCAUAUCAACGCUCACAGCCCGUUUUUGUACCCACAAUACAGCAGUUCUAGGGUAUUUCCAUACCAUCCAUCUAAUUUCACAUCGAAUUACAAUGUCCAUCAAAAUAUUUCGCAUGACGAGGUCAAUCACAAUCAUUUUAACCGAUUUAGAAACUACACACGGGAUGAUAACUUCAUGGAAGAUGAAAUGUUCAUACAUGGCAAGUCUUUCCCGUUUGUAGACCAGGUACCUCGCGAAUCAGUUGUAAGCCUCCAACAAGCUUCAAAUCAGCAAACUUCUCUGCAAGAACCGUCAUUGAACAGUCGAACUGGUCAUCAGCAGAACACUCAACAGCCUGACAGUUUGCUAGCUCCUCAAGAUGCAUCGAUUUCAACAACUUUACUGUCCGAAGAAUCAUCUCCGGGCUCACCUUGUCCUUCAACAAGUACGCCGUCAUCGCCAUCGUAUAAUAUAGAUUAUUUAAAGGACAACUUAAAUCUUCAGAAUAAAAAUAAGUCUUCAGAGCAUCCGACCAGCCCGAACAAGCGUAGCAGAUCCCCUUCGUCUACCUCAUCUCCCAAGGGGGUGUCUGAGGCACCAGCACCCGGCGUGCGCAAGUCGGCGUCCAAGAAAUGUUAUACUGCUGAGGGACAGGAAUGCGAUGAUAAAAUCAAAGCUACAGAAUCAUUAAGCACACAUAAUACGGAGCUUGAAGAUGGCAAAUACAUUGAAUUAAACGCGGGGACGAAGGGAGGGGUAUUACAAGCAACGUCGGAGAGGUUCAGCGGAGUAUCGCAACCUGAGCUCAACGCGUUCAAGACGAAGUCUCUGGCAAUCGUUCCGCGCCGACAGGAAUAUACGAUCCCGGGGGACGCGGUCUGCAGCGAUGACGAGGAUGCAGAGGGUGACGUGGAGGCCCGUGGUGCGUGUCUUACGUCGCGGCACAAGAAGCCUCGUCGCAACCGCACGACGUUCACGUCGUCGCAGCUCAAGUCGCUGGAGGCGGUGUUCGAGAAGACGCAUUAUCCUGACGCCUUCGUCAGGGAGGAACUGGCACGUCGCACCGCCCUCAGCGAGGCCAGGGUCCAGGUUUGGUUCCAAAACCGGCGAGCGAAAUUCCGACGUAACGAGCGAACCGGGUUCCACGGGCGGGUGAACCCGAACCCGGUGAGUGGCCCCCUCUACCGCCCCCCGGACCUGGGCACCGCCAGUCCGCCCCCCGGGCCGGUCGAACAGCCACUGGCGCCACGGCACUCCGGUAACAGCGCGACUACCACAAGCACCAUGAGCGAGUACCAGGCGCAGUACCACGCCUCUGGUCCCGUCAUGACCUCCUGGAAGAGCAGCGUGAUGGCAGCGCCUCCCUACCCCUUUACCCCCUCACCUUCCCCUAUGUGCUCACCUUUCCCCACAGGUUCACUUGUUGCAGUACUUCCAGGGACAUACGGAGGGCUGAUGAACAGCGGAGGCGGAGGCUACCCAGCAUCCCUGGUUAACUUCAGGUUACAAGACUACCACAACCACGGAACUUGAAUUACCCAACAUUGAGUCUUAACCACUACAACCACGGAGCUUAACUGACCCAACAUUGGGUCUUGACCACUACAGUCACGGAACUUAACAGACCAACAUUGGGUCUUACCACUACAGCCACGGAACUUAACUGACCCAACAUUGCGUCUUAACAACUACAACAGUCACGGAACUUAACUGACCCAACAUUAGGUAUUGACCA